AUGGAUAGGGAGGCCUCUCCGAUAUCUGUUUUGUGCUUUCUCUGCUUAAUUCUGGUAUUUUAUCGGUUAUCCCAAGUCUCCGGUAAUGCCGAACGUGAUGCCUUGAGUGUGCUGAGGGCCAACUUAGCUGAUCCUAACAAUGUCAUGCAAAGUUGGGAUCCUCCCGUUGCCAAUCCCUGCAGUUGGUUUCAUGUUACAUGCAGCAGUGAUAAUUUUGUUACUAGAGUUGAUCUUGGAGAUUCAAAUUUAUCUGGUCAACUGGUUCCGCAGCUUGGCCAGCUUCCAUAUUUGCAGUACUUGGAACUUUAUAGUAAUAACAUAUCUGGAAGAAUUCCUUACGAGCUCGGGAACUUGACAAAUUUGGUGAGCUUGGAUCUUUACCUGAACAACUUAAAUGGUCCCAUUCUCGACACAUUGGGCAAGCUUCAGAAACUACGUGUCCUGUGUGAGUUACACAUCCCUCAGCCUUUUACUGUUAUAAUUAAGUUUGUUUACCUUACUGAAGUUUUGCCUGAGUAG